AUGCACAACAAGAGUAGCUGGCAAGGUGAGUCAUGGGUUUGGGGUCACCCUACUGACAGUGGUAUUGCUGCUGCUUACCAGAGUGGUCCAAGGGCAAGGCAGGGUGAGGUGAGUUUAGGACAUAGCUAUCAACUUACAGAUUUGAAAAUAAGGGAUCAGCAGCCAAAAUAAGGGAUUUUCCAAACACAGGUAUGUUCAACUUCUGAGCCCCACCAAACCAAACGCAGAAAGCCCAGCCAGCAGCCAAACGAAGCCUCAAGCGGUGGUCCCCACAGCGCAGCUACCCAGCAAAGGGGAUGCAGCAAGGAAAACCACCGUCACCUCUCCGCUGGGAAGUGCUGAGCAAAGGCGAGUCCCCAGGCAACGCAGCCGAUUUGAUCGGCACAAGGCAUGCAAGCUCCACCCCCCAGUCAUUCUUAGACUCCUUAUUGGGUGAGCAAUGCAGCCAAGCAACGCAGUUGGAGCCUCCCUGGCCGGCAGGGAGGGAGGGAGAGGAGCUGCUUCCUUUGAAACCAGGGAAAUUUAAGGGACAUCAUCAAUAAGGGACAGCAGCGGGACACAGUGCUGGGAUAAGGGAGUUUCCCGCCAAAUAAGGGACACUUGACAGCUAUGGUUUAGGACUACAUGGGUGCACUGGCAGAGCCAAUCCAGUGCUCCUGACAGUGGGCUCAUGCAACUCUGGCCUUGCCAGCACCCUGCCCAAUCCUCAUCCAAAAUCAGUUGUCAGGAGGGCAGCUCCAAAACCUUGGCUCCACUAUUCUGGCUGUUCAUGAUGCAGAAUACAAAAACAAAAUAAAUAAAAAACCCACAACAAACCAGAGUCAGUCCUCUAUUCAAUGGCCUGUCAGAGGGCAACCCUCAUUUUUAAGUAGAAGUUCUCUAUUUGAAGGGCGGUCUGGUCCAAAGCCUGUUUACAGAGAGAAUUUAGAGAGUUGCCCAUCAAUAAUUAGGACCUCAUCAGCAGGCUGAGCAGGACUACAGGCUACCUUGUCAACGUUUUCUCCACUAUGAUGAGAUGUAUUAUUUCAGCUCUAUGAUAGCUAUUGUUUCCAAUUUUGUAUCAAUACAUAUAAAUUAGCACAUGCAAACCUCGUACAAAUCUGAGUCCUCUUUUUCCUUCUUUUCAGCGACACGUAAGUAGCCAUGCUGAAUCCCAGUUCUCUUUCAUGGCCAGACACGGGCUUUCUAAGGAAGAAGCAAUGCCCUACAAGCUAAAUCUGAGCCUAAGGAACAGAACUGCUCGAUCUUUGAAGCAAAUAUGAUUGAUCACCUUACACUGCGCAGAGGACAAAGAAGUACAGAGGAUCCCGUCCAGAGCUUUACAUCCUGUCACCAGCUCACCAAGGGUGAAUGAUCCUUCACUGUAUAUCACUGAGAUGCACAGGGUAUAUUCUGGCUGGGGGGAAAGUGCCAACGCCUGGGCUUGCAGAGGGCAGCUGAACCAACACUGCUUCCUGAUCUCAGCCCCAUUUCAGAAAGAGAGGCAGCCAGCAAGGAGGGAACGAGGGGUAGAAACUGCAGCAAUUUGGCUGUGCUGCAGAGUCGAUGAUACUUGCAACGUUCAUCAUUUCAGUAGAACAAACCACCCAGACCCUCCAGCAGAUGCUGCAGCCACAAACAUGACAGGAGACUCAUCAGCCUUGCCACCAGAAGCAGUACUGGCUGCUGCAGCAGCUGCCACAGCUGAUCUCGCAGUGAGUAAUGAAACACCACACUUCUCCCAAGCUUCUAAAAUAGGAGGAGGCUCCCGGCUCAUUUCAGAUCUUAAUGUCUCCAAAGCCCAGCAAGAUGUUCGGGGGGGGGGAGGAGAUAUGGACCCUCCACUUGUAGUACCACUUAUUCCAGAAUCAAACUGAUUGCCAGCAUUCUCAAGGUUGCAUAGUUCUGGGAGUUAGUUAGAAUCAGAUAAUCUACUGUAUUUUUCGUUCUAUAAGACACACUUUUUAGGAGGGAAAAAGUAAGGGGAAAUGUGUGUGUGUCUUAUGGAGCGAACGCAGGCUGCACAGCUAUCACUGAUGCCAAAACAGCAAGAGGGAUUUCUGUGCAGCGAUCCCUCUUGCUGUUCUGGCUUCUGGGAUUCAGAAUAUUUUUUUUCUUGUUUUCCUCCUCAAAAACUAGGUGUGUCUUAUGGUCUGGUGCGUCUUAUAGAGCGAAAAAUACAGUACAUUCAGAAGCCUCCAUGCUCCAGUUUUUUAUGCAAUUGCUCCUUGACUUUUAAAGGAAAAAAGGAGUUGUCCAUUAAAGGAGAUGUCAGUCACCACGAGGCACAGAGAAGAAACAAGGUUGACUGUGGAAGUUGCAAAAUGCAUCUACCUUCUCUUUUAUACAAAACAUAAAUAAUAACUGACUCAAAUGAUCAUAUGAGAAUGCACACAUAUAAACAGAAAGAAGAAACGCACAGCGGAUUAGUAAACACAACAAAUGUUAGAAUAAGCAGCCUACACGUGAGACACGAACAAUAAGAAAAAAUAAGAAAAAAGCCCUCAUAUACCACCUAGCGACCACAUUUGAGGCAUUCAGUGUAGCCACGUCGGGAGGACGGAAUGAACUCAAGCCUUUGGCCUCUCGUUUUAUGGCUGUAAAAUAUCUAAAAUAUGGUGGUAAGUGAGGAGAAAGCAGGCUACAAUAGUGGCUCGCAAUACUAUAAAGUUUAACAGGUGCCGAAAUAAGAGAUUUUAAAAAUAUAUAUUAUAUGUCCGUUACGACUUUGGAUCGGAAAUUUUAACAGAGUUUUUACAGCUCUAUUGAAGGUAGCAAGAGCUAUACAGCUGGCAUAAAAGGAAUAACUGUAUAAAAUGUGACAUAUUAGCGAUUGCGUAUUUUUUUAAAAAACAACACAGAGUUCUCUUUCUUUCUUUUUAAGCCACCCUAGUGGGUUGACAGUGCUUUGAAACUUAUUUUGUGAAGCUGUCCUUUACUUGCUAGGAAAAGAGCGUCGCAGGUGGCGAGAGGGGUUCCGUGAGUGCAGGAAUCACCUGGCGCUGGUCCCUGAGGAAGAGACGUCUGGGUCUAGGGAGCAGGAUCCAGAUAGCAAGGAACGGUUGAGUUCUGCAGGACCUAUGAGAACCUCCAGUGACAGCUUCCGAAAAGAGAUGUGCUGCUUUGACAGGUGAGCAUGGCCCGGCACCUGAGGAGCCAAGCAGGCCUGCUGAGAGCUCUCCCUUCGACACAAGGUAGGGCGGGACAGACUGAACGAGGCAGACCUCUGACUUGGAGCGGUGCUUUCUAUUUAGCGACUGAAUUUUCUCAGGCUGUACAGUGGGACUUAGGUGCUGGAAAUUUAGAUGGGAGCGUGAGGUCUCCGGCAACUAAAAGCUGAGAGGGGUUCCAGUACCUUCAGUCUGAAGUCUGCCAGAAAGAAACUCCUAUAGAUCCACAUCUGUAUGGGUUAAUCAUAAUAAUAAUAAAUAAUAAUAAAUUUUUAUUUAUAUCCCGCCCUCCCCAGCCGAAGCCGGGCUCAGGGCGGCUAACAACAAUAAAAUAAUACAACAUUCUAAAAUCAUGUUUCGGCCUUAAAUGGAUUUUGCACUUACCAAGUUUUGCCUCCGUAUUUCUUGGCAAUUUUAAUUGUGUGCCUGGGGGAAUGAGCCAAUGAACCUGGAGUGGGAUAGGGUUGCCCCCUAUAGCAGUGGUUAUGGGUUAGUGGGCCAUAUGGUGUUGGGGUCUUCAGAAGUCAAGCUAGGCUAAUCAGGCUAGGACUACUCACUUAGCUUUAGAAAUGGACAACAGAGCCAGCUGCAUGAGGGAGCAGUUUCCCAGAACAGAGAGAGCAAGGGGUACCAGCAAUUCCAGUGGGAUCCAAGUUUUCCUGGGUGGUGUGUGCAAAAGUAUGUGGCUUGAUUAUUGUAACUACGUGGGGCUGCCCUUGAAGCUGACCCAGAAACUCCAGCGGGUGCAGAAUGCUGCAGCGAGGCUCCUUAAGGGGUCCUUGCUGCGAGAUCACAUUCACCCGGUGCUAUACCAGCUGCACUGGCUCCCGGUGGAGUACAGGGUCAGGUUUAAGGUGCUGGUUUUGACCUUUAAAGCCCUAUGAAGCCUAGGACCCACAUACAUACGGGACCGCCUCUCCUGUUAUGCCCCGCGGAGGACCUUAAGGUCCACAAAUAACAACACUUUGGAGGUCCCAAGUCGCAAGGUGGUUAGACUGGUCUCAGCUAGGGCCAGGGCCUUUUCAGUACUGGCCCCGACUUGGUGGAACGCUCUGUCACAAGAGACCAGGGCCCUGCGGGACUUGACAUCUUUCCGCUGGGCCUGCAAGACAGAGCUGUUCCGCCUGGCCUUUGGUUUGGACUCAGUCUGACCCUUAUGUUUCCCUCCCCUUAUGGUCUUGAUCUAUGGGGUACUUUUAAAAUAAGGCUGCAUUUUAAAUUGCAUUUUAACCUGUAAUUUAAAUUGGUUCCCCCCCAUUAUGUUUUUACUGUAAUUUUACUGGUGUUAGCCACCCUGAGCCCAGCUCUGGCCGGGGAGGGUGGGGUAUAAAUAAAUUUUAUUAUUAUUAUUAAGAAAAGUUCUGUGAGCAUAUUUCUGGAUGGAAGCUCUUCUUAAUGGAUGCUAAUGGGUGAAAAAUGCAUACAUUUACCUAUGGUUUGCAAUGCCUUAGAUCAUGGGUAGGCAAACUAAGGCCCGGGGGCCUGAUCCGGCCCAAUCGCCUUCUCAAUCCAGCCCGCAGACGGUCCGGGAAUCAGCGUGUUUUUACAUGAGUAGAAUGUGUCCUUUUAUUUAAAUUGCACCUCUGGGUUAUUUGUGGGGCAUAGGAAUUUGUUCAUUAUUUUUUUCAAAAUAUAGUCCGGCCCCCCACAAGGUCUGAGGGACAGUGGACCGGCCCCCUGCUGGAAAAGUUUGUUGUCCCCUGCCUUAGAUGCAUCCUCCGCCCUAUCAUGGCUUGGUUGGAGGGUGCCUGCAUGAACUGGAGGUUUCAUGCUCUUACAUCUAACUCAGAAUCAUAGAAUCAUGAAACUGUAGAGUUGGAAGGGACCCUGAGGAUCAUCUAGUCCAACCCUCUGCAGUGCAAGCAUCCUGACCACAGCCGUCCCAGGGUUGGGCUGGAACCAGCAACCUUCUGGUUAGCAGUCAGAUGCACUGACCCAUUGUGCUGCUACAAGACUUCCUUUCACCAAUUAAUAUCGGUAGAGUUCAACAAACCCAAACUACAACUUCCUUACCCUGUACGUCUAAGCUUUUGCUUUACAUACUUUUCUGGGCAACCUAAGUAUUUUGGAGUUAAGCUGCUAGGGACAUGCUUAAAAUGACAGCAAGGCUGAAGUCCCUGGUAACACGGUGGCCGGUAUCCCCUUCCACUGAAAGGGACGUGAGAGAGUGGGGGCAGCAUGGUUUUCUAGAUUCAUUUCAGUCAGGCUUCAGGAGUGGAUUUAGAACAUGAAACUGCCUUGAGUUGAACUUUGCUGAGACAGAGAGAACAGGGAAGAGUGACCUUGUUGGUCCUCUUUGUGGGAAGGAGCCUUUGCUCAGUGGUAGGGAAUCUGGUUUGAAUGCAAAUGGUACUCUGUUCAAUGCCUGGCAUCUCCAGACAGGGCUAGAAGUGUCCCCCAUCUGGCUCCCUAGAGAGUUGCAGCGGUCUAUGCAGCUUCUUGGACGUGGGUGGUGCUGUGGGUUAAACCACAGAGCCUAGGACUUGCCGAUCAGAAGGUCGGCGGCUCGAAUCCCCGCGACAGGGUGAGCUCCCGUUGCUCUGUCCCAGCUCCUGCCAACCUAGCAGUUCGAAAGCACGUCAAAGUGCAAGUAGAUAAAUAGGUACCACUCCGGCGGGAAGGUAAACAGCAUUUCCGUGCGCUGCUCUGGUUCACCAGAAGCGGCUUAGUCAUGCUGGCCAAAUGACCUGGAAGCUGUCUGCUGAUAAACACUGGCUCCCUCGUCCUGUAAAGCGAGAUGAGCGCCGCAACCCCAGAGUUGUCUGCAACUGGACUUAACUGUCAGGGAUCCUUUACCCUUUUUUUUUUAACCUUCUGGGUAGGUUCCCCAAGGCGUGCACUGCUUGGCAGUUCUGCUUGGAGGGCGGAUUCCUGAAGGUGGCCCUGGGUGUCCACUCUUGUGCUUUGAGAUUCCACUGGGUAGAAGAGAUCAAUGGGAUGACAUGAGACCAUAUAGGUACAUGAAAUCACAUGCAUAUCACGCCCAGCUUUUUCUCUCUUUUUCCACUAUGUGUAGGUGGGGCUCUGGGUAUCAUGAAUCAAUGUGUGGGCAUGGUAACGGACUGGGUGAGAGAACACACUGAGACUCGGUCCAGAUUUAUGGGGUGAACAACAUGAAAGAUAUGCAGGACCAAAUAUACAAGAAGCAUAAGACCACAGCAUACUUAUGGGCUCAAAUAGACAAAUGUAAAUAAUGGAGAAAGGGUUUUCCUUUGCUUGCUAAAUUGGGAGCAGUGAAAAAGGUUUGGCACCCUAGGCCACAGACAGAUUAAAAACAAUGCAGGUGUAUAAUUAGGCAUUAAUUACCUUACCACACUUUUUACUAAAGGGCUACAAAUUUUAAAGAAUUAAACUGAAUCAAACAAAACCACCUCAACGAAUCGAACCAAUAAACAAGAGAGAUGCACGUUCUUCUGGUUAGCUAAGCUAGCCAGCUGGCUUUAGCUUUUUCUUUCUUGCAAAGGCAUUCAGGCUCGCAAAUGGAAUAUCCCCGAGUGAUGUGAACUGAUUUCACUUUACAGGUGAAGCCAGGAAGUGAAAUUGCCCUACAGGGACACAGAAAGGAGAGAAGAAGGGGAGAGACUUGUGCUGUAAAGGUGUGGAAUUGCAGGCUGAAUUUUUAAAAAAAUUAAGAUUAUUGUUUUAUCAGAGGGUUUAAAUGCUUUGGGUGGAGCUGCUCAGUCACUGGUGAACCAUAUAAAUAUAUUGCUGUACUGAAAGGUUUCACAGCUGAAGUAAAUCCUAUAUCCCCAAAUCAACCAAAUCUUGAUCUACACACCUGAAAGCUAAUCGGAAUUUUGAAAAGAACUGUCACCUGUUAAAUAUUUCAUUCAUUUAUUUAUUUAUUCAAUUAGAUAUAUUAUUAUAUAUUCAAUUAGAUAUAUUAUAGAUUUAUUCAAAACGAUAGAUAUAGGAGAACGAUGCAAACCAUCCCACUUUUAAAGGGCAGGAAACAUUUCCAUCAUUUUCUCUCCUUCAGAAUGUCACCUGGGAGAUCCAACUGCAGCAGCCUAGGGCUCCUGAGCUCCUUUCCCCUCCAAACUGCAUAUGCAAGGCAGCGACUGCACCAGUAUUUCAAUCUUCUCUGGCUGGAGAUUCAGUUUGUGCAUUCACAUCCAGUCCAUCGCUGCCCUAGCUGCCAGAAUUUCCAUAACCUCCCAAGGGUUAAAUGCAAAAGAGCAGCAGAUGUAGAUGUCGCCUGCAUAAUAACAAUCCGGCCCAAAUCUCCAGGCAGCCUCACCCAGUGGUUUAGCGAGACCAGGUGCUGAGAUCCUCACUUCUACACAGUUGUAAAGGUGCAGGAGGCAUGAACUUCUGUGCGUGUGACUACCCUGCAGGCAGAGCCGCUCCAUCUCAGGCAGCUGAAACACAAGAGGCAGCCCCCCCCCAUGGCUUCCACCGCAGCCACAACACCCCUCUCACCGAGGAAGAGGUGCUCUGGCAUGCCACAUGGCUGCUUGUCCUGCGGAACACUACUCCGCGCAUGAGCUCAGCAAGAGGAGGGUUGUUCCAACGUGAAGAAGACAAGUCGCAAUGUCUUAGGGCACACCUCCUCUUACACAGAGUUUGGGAAGAAGGUGUGUGUGUUCUGACAAGUGGCAGAAAUCAGGGGGGUGGACGCGGUGGCACCAGGGAGUGGCACAUUCCUGUUUUGACCACGACUACAGGGCACCCUGUUAUGUACUGAAGUUCUCACCCUGGGCCAGCAGGGGAAUACUGUAGAUAGUUUUCACUCAGGUCCACAUAUGCAAAUAAGGGAUUGAAAGUGAGGUUCAGUGAUUGGAUAGUUACAGAAAAUGGUUACUGUUGCAUUGUACUGGAGCUCUAUAUAAGCAGGCUGGCUGAACCCUUCAGUUCAGUUCUGUUCUGGCCUGUGAAUAAACAAGAGCUGUUUGAAGAAUCGCUGUGUCGUCUGAUAUGUCCACCCACAACUUAACACACCCAAAAGAGAAUUUCCUUCUAGCCUAAUUGCAGCGUGGACAUUGCAUCUCUAGUUGUGAGACACACACUCGAAAACACCCUCUGGGCUACAAUCCGGGGUGAAAGACUGCAGCAGAGGGAAGGAGGGGACCCUGCAGGUCAGAUGGGGAGGCCCCCAGGGGUCAAAUGUGGCCAUGAUCCAGUGGUUCCCCACCCAUGCCAUAAGCCAGCAGCCAUAGGGCAAUGCAACAGCCUUCCAGAGUCGCCUUCUGGGAUAUAUUCCAAGACAAACUGACCCCAAUUCAUCCUUUUCCUGAUCAAGUCAGCAGGAGGGCAAUAGCGGCUAGUCCUUUCCCCUUCUUUCCCAUAAACCUCCAAGCUGUUCACUUGUCCCUCAUAUCCACAAGCUUCCUGCCUGCCUCCCAUUUGCAAGUGUCUCUUCUUCUUCUUCUUCUUCUUCUUCUUCUUCUUCUUGCCCUCCAUCAGCACUUUGUCACCUGACGUGCAGGAACAUUUGUGGAACGUGCUCUUUCCCACAAGGUUGCUGCGGAUGGGAUCAGUCCUACAUUUUACAAUCUACCUGUGCCUGCAGUGAAGGGUUAGCCAGAACCCCAGGUACUGGGACGUGGGGAGAGAGUGACUCCCCAUGGCUGCCACAGUCACCAAAGCAAAACAUCCAAGUAGGUGGGUGUUAAGUUGUGGGUGAACCUAUCAGACGACACAGUGAUUCUUCAAACAGCUCUUGUUUAUUCACAGGCCAGAACAGAACUGAACCGAAGUGUUCAGCCAGCUCCACUACAACGCAAUAGUAACCAUUUUCUGUAACUAUCCAAUCACUGAAUGUCACUUUCGAUCCCUUAUUUGCAUAUGUGGACCUGAACUAUCUACAGUAUCCCCCUGCUGGCCCAGGGUGAGAACUUCAGUACAUAACAGUGGAGGAGAAGGGAGCUUGGAGGGAAGGCGAGGAGUUCAAUAUGGAAGAUUUUAAAAUCUGAAACAGAGAAGAAUUGUAGGUUCUAAUAGUCUUCUCAUACCCGAGGUGAGCCGUAAAAUAUCACAAGGUUUACAUUUUUGAGAAAGAAAAAGCACAUUUGGGUGACAUCACUCAUCUUAACCAAUUUGAAGCUUCAGGGGAAAGAUAUAAAAAGCCCCCACUGUCAGAUUGUUCGAGUAACAUAACCAAGGACCACACAUGCAACAAAACUCUAGCUUGUUUGGCGAGGCCUUUUAGGGCUUGGCUUUAUGCUGCUUACUGGAUUGAUUGAUAGCCUGCUCCGCUUUUAAAUUACCGAAUUGAUUUGUCAUUGUUUUUAUUGAUCUUGUUUUACUGUAAGCCACUCCGGGGGAGCCUGCUGGUUGAAGAACAGCGUACGAAUACUUAAAACGUUGACACCCCGGUGAACUUCCACGCUCGGGCGCAGUAUACCACGGUGCAAGAUGUUAGUGAGCAACAGCCAUCUCCGCGCUGCUGCCGUGAGCUCACAGUGAACAUCUGGUUCGUCGUUGCUGGGAAAGGGAAUGCUGGAUUAGAGAGAGCCCUUUGGUUUCAUUCGGCAAGGCAAUUCCUAUGUGUUCACACCUUUUCUAAUACCUUCAGAGGUUAAAGGUGGCAUUUGAUGAGAGCAGCCGUGCAAUGUGACUCAUGUACAACAAGUCCAUUAGGUCUGCUCCGUAAUCCAAUUUGCAGGGAGUGUGGGCCAAUUAUCGCUCCCCUCAAACCAAGUCAAGCAGCCUGUAGUCAGCAGCCUCAAAUUCUAAGGUUCCGUUUUUUGUUCUCUCUGUUUGCUCUCGACUAGUGGAGACAGCUGCUGCCCGGGUCCUGGCUUGCUGCUAAGCUUCUUGAAGCAAAUCCUCUCCCUUUCUGACUUUUCUCAUUCAUUUCCUUUUGGAGCUUGAUGCUUGCCGGGGGCGCCAUUAAAAAAGUUCCCCUAGCCUAAAACCUCUAACAUGAGCUUAUUUUGCUUCCUUCAGAGAUACCCUCCGCAAGUGACAGUUGUUCCUGCGCUUUGCCCAGAUUUCGCCAUUUGCAGCAGUGAGCCUGACAGCUCUUAGUGUUCAGUGACAGCAGCCACUGAAUAAUUAAGGCAAGUCUCAGAAUCAACAGAAAUGUUUUCCAAACAAUUCCAGAGCGACCUAAAGCCUAAAAAUAAAGCAGAACAAGGCUAGGAACUGUACUGAACAGAUGAUAAAACAAAAACCUUUAUUUUUCGUAAGAAAGUUGUGGUGAAUGUAAUAAAUAACAGCAAUAACAAUGAUUAUAAUAUCAUUUGUUUGUUUAAACGAUUUAGAUAUUGCUCUUUCCAUGGGAUUUACAACAGCAACAGCAACAGCAUAUAUUUGUAUUCAGUGGCGUAGCGUGGGUUGCCAGCACCCGGGGCAAGGCAAGUAAUUUGCGCCCCCUAACCCGAGUGAGCCAGGUAGGGGCAGAGAGCUGCGAGUGCGUGCCCCCCCCAGAUGUUGCGCCCGGUGCGGCCGGCCCCCCCUGCACCCCCCAUGCUACACCACUGUUUGUAUCCUACCCUUCUGGCGGCAACAACAACAACAGCAACAACAACCACCUAUAUUUGUAUCUCACCCAGCUGGCUGGGUUGCCCCAGCCACUCUGAGUGGCUUCCAACAUAUAUAAAAACAUAACAAAACAUAAAAUAUUAAAAAGCUCCCCUAUACAGUACAGGGCUGCCUUCAGAUGUCUCCAAAAGGUUAUAUAGUUACUCAUUUAUUGAUAAAUUCAGUAAGUAAUAAUACUAAUAGCAGCAUUUAUAGAGCACAUUUUCAUGAUGAGCAGGUUGUCCUCACCUGGUCACUGAUUUCCCCCAGAAACUGCCCACUUCAGUCUUACAAGGGAACCCUGGAUUUUCCUUGAAAAAUGUAGUUACACCCUUAAGUGUCUGUGUUUCCUUUAUUCAAACCAGCAGCUGUAGUUUGCAGGCAAUACCGGUAAGCCAACUUAAGAGAAGCCUCUCUUGCUUUUGGUCUCAGAAGACCAGGCAAAGGUCUUUUAGUAGCUCUCAGUGGUUUACAUUCUGGGUCUGAAAAGGACGCUCCACAUAUUACCUGUUACCACUGGGCUGGAGACAUUCCUACUCAGAUCACAAAAGUUCACAGAAUUCUCAUUGCUUCCGUAGCAGCAUUUGAGCCUCUGCUGGGCAUUUCUGGUGAUGGGUCUGCUCCAGAAAUGGCCAUUUGUGUAAAAUGUGGCUGCCAGUAUAUUGACAAGGAAAGCUCUCGGAGACCACAUAACACCAAUCCUGAAAAAGUAACGUAAGUUGAUGGUUUCAUAUUGACCUACAAAGCACUAAAAGCUUUGGGGCUCAGGUAUUUAAUAGAAUCAUAGAAUUGUAGAGUUGGAAGGUACCAGGAAGAUCAUCUAACCUAACCCCCUGCAAUGCAGGAAUCUUUUGCCCAACAUGGGGCUCAAACCCAUGACCCUAAGAUUAAGAGUCUCAUACUCUACCAGCUGAGCUAUCCUAGGAAGAACUGCCUCACUCUUUAUCAGUAUUCAUUUGACCUUUGAGCUGGGGGCCAGACCCGUCUAGAUCAAGGGAAGUAAUAGUGCCACUGUAUUCUGCUCUGGUCAGACCUCACCUGGAGUACUGUGUCCAGUUCUGGGCACCACAGUUCAAGAAGGACACUAACAAACUGGAACGUGUCCAGAGGAGGGCAACCAAAAUGGCCAAAGGCCUGGAAACGAUGCCUUAUGAGGAACGGCUAAGGGAGCUGGGCAUGUUUAGCCUGGAGAAGAGGAGGUUAAGGGGUGAUAUGAUAGCCAUGUUCAAAUAUAGAAAAGGAUGUCACAUAGAGGAGGGAGAAAGGUUGUUGUUUUCUGCUGCUCCAGAGAAGCGGACACGGAGCAAUGGAUCCAAACUACAAGAAAGAAGAUUCCACCUAAAGAUUAGGAAGAACUUCCUGACAGUAAGAGCUGUUCGACAGUGGAAUUUGCUGCCAAGGAGUGUGGUGGAGUCUCCUUCUUUGGAGGUCUUUAAGCAGAGGCUUGACAACCAUAUGUCAGGAGUGCUCUGAUGGUGUUUCCUGCUUGGCAGGGGGUUGGACUCGAUGGCCCUUGUGGUCUCUUCCAACUCUAUGAUUCUAUGAUCUCAAAAGCAGAAGGACACCAGGUGACAACAUGAGAUAGGACCUUCUCCAUGGAGGCAUCCAUAUUUUGGAUUGCCCUCCUCAAAGAGAUGAGCAUUCUGGUCCCAGAAGAGACUCACCCAGGCAUUUAUAAGUGGUUAGCUGCUUAUGCAGUGAGGAUGUAAUGAUAACAGAAGAACAAGUCUUGUUGAAUUGUAUCCAGCAUGGCUUCAGCAACAGGUAAGUCUUGCUAACCUAUUAAGAGUUAUUUGCAAGGUGCCUUGAAUUUUAUAUAAUCAUAGAAAGUGCCCACAUAAAUAAAAACAAAUCAACAAUAAUAUUCUGACACUGUAGAAUUUCCUCUCAUUUCCCUUUUCUGAAAUUAUUUUCUCCCUCGAACAUGCAUUCUCCUCCUAGAUCCCAUGGAAUUAGUUUCACCUCUGCUUAUCCUCCCGUCAGUUCUUCCCAAAAACUAUUUACUCCUGAUUUCCCCCAGCCUUCUUUAAGCCACAUCAGCCUGACCUGAUACAAUGAAAUGCCUCAGUUCUCCUGGAUGUUUUCUAUUCAGCAGCCACUAACUAUGAUAGGCUAGCUUGCAUAUUACCCUCCUUCUCCACAGGUCAUCAUCAGUUCCAAUAUUACCUGUAAGGCCAACUCGGUUUAAACUUUAAAUUCAGUUAAUGUAUGUGCCAUAGUAAGCUGUGUCCAAAGUAACUCACAAUAUCAUCUUUUUAUUAUCAUCGAACGACAUACAUAUAUUUUUUUCCAGGAGGGCUCACCUGGAAUUCUUUUCUCCAGGAGGGCUUGCCUGGCAAACUUGUUACAUAUCUUUAGGCACCAGGCAAAAACAUUCCUCUUCUCCUUUUGGCCUUAUAAACGGUGUGUGUGGGUUUGUUGUUUUUGCUUGUUACUAUGCUAUGUAUGUUUGUGUUUUUGUGUUGUAUACCACCCUGUAACACUUGGAUGAAGGGUGUUGCAGCAAAAUGCUGAAAGUAAGUUCUGAGUUUUAAAUGUUAAGUCUCCAGGCACAUAGCAGAAACUGGGUGAUUAACACACUGUUCUGGUAUUCCAGAGACAUGCCAACCAUUCGGAAGAGGAAAUAUUUUUAUCACUUGAUUCAACAGUAUAACACACUAGGUACUAGAACACUGAAUGAAACCUAAUGGAUAACUAUUUGCACAGCAUCUGAAUACUUUAGCAUAUGUACGCAUCUCACAACAUCAGUAUAAAGAUGCACAGACAUGUCACAGCUAGUUGCAAACACAUACUGGAAACAGUGGCUCUAUUACAAUGGGUAAUAGAGAUAUUCAGUUCUUUUUAAAAUAAAAAUCUUCUGUUCUUGUAUUCUUUAGAGGCAUAUAAAACCACACUGUAACACCUUUAAAAAAAAACAAAAACCAUUUCAAAAUUUUCGUUUCCUUAAUUUUCUCCAAAAAAAGCAACCACUCAAACAAAUACAAAAUGAUGUUUCCUGGCAGCACACUGCCAGUCAGGAGAAGUCUUAUUUGCCUUGCUAGGGCUAAUUUGACCCAAUACAGGUGUGUGCUUGUCUUCGCAGUUGGAAAAUAGUGCAGGUGCAUAAUUAGGCACCAGCAGAAACCCAGUGUUAUUGAGACUCUCAAUUGUAUACAAACAAUCACCUGUUGUGGGGUGUCAGUCAACUUAAGCCAAGGUGUGUGCUCUUUGUUCUAUUUGCAAAGAGUCCUAUACUCAUUGCGCAGUCACUUGCUGAGCAAAUCUAAAGAAGUCAAGUAGUUCUGGGGCAUGUACAGAGUGCCAGCUGAAGAGACCAUGCUGGUAAUAAGCCACAGCUGGUAGGGAUAGGCUGUAUGGCCUAAGUUUUGUUUGUGUCUAUUUUUCACGUGAUCAUAGCAAAGAGCUUCCUAUCCCAUCUAUGUGUGGAGGGAGGGGUGGUUUGUUUGCUUUGGUUUUUUACAGAUGUGGGGGAAGGAGGAAUCAACAUUAAGUCCUCUAAAAAGAAAAUAAAGGAGAAUGAGAACUUACGCAAUAUUAAUUCUAUUGAAAUUUUUAGAACUCAGAAGACUCCAGCCCUUUUGUGUAAAGGAAAAGCAGCCAUAAAUCAAUAAAAACCAGCACUUCGCCUCUUCUCAAUUUAGCUCUGUCUGGGUGAACAGAUAAUUCCAAACAGCAAAUAUCUGAGGUGUCUGAAUUUCAGACAGAGCUCUGGGCCCAUUUCGUUCAGGUACAAACCUCAAGCCACCCCCUCCCCCCAUUACUUCUGCCACAGAGCAUCUCUCACUAUGGAGCAAGUUGAAUCAUCACACGGUAUUGACUGGCGAUCUAUUUUCAGCCUGCAGUGCUAUGCAGGACAUAUCAGGCACAGCAAAACCAAGAUGCAGCAAGAAUGUAAUAAGGUGCCCAAUUAUAGCAAACAAAGAAGCAUAGAUGAAGGCAGAGCACGCACACACACUGCCCCUCACACACAGUUGCUUAAGGGAAACGCAUGCAUGGGUCGUGGUAUCGCAGUGCUCCAACUGACCCACCCAACUUCGCCUGUGCAGAAGCCGCCAUCAGUUACCAUUAAGAAAGCCGGCUCACAGCUUGGACAAGUUUGCGUUAACUCUUACAAACACACUUCUCUUCUGCACUGA